CCGUAUAGCCGUAGAGCUGUAGCCGUAGCCGUAUGCCCCCAACGGAGUUUCCAGUUUGCUCUUCGAUCAGUCUUAAAGAGUUGAUCGUACCUUGCGCACCUGUAAUUUAACUGUUCGAGCGAUCGUCGUCGUUUUUGUCGUCGCCUUCGUCCCGCGUCGCGUCCCGUAAACCUACCCUCGUGUUCUCCGUGUAUGUGUGUCGUCUUAAGAAAACGCAUCCGAUAUUGUGUGCAGGUAUAUUAUUAGCAAACGUCGUCGCUUAUAUUGUAUUUGUAUGCGCUCUGAGCUGUAAGCUGUGUUUCCUGAGUACUGUGUGCCAGGCCAGUCAGUAUCUAGUUUAAGAAACCUCUGUCUCACUUCGACGCGACGACUUAAAAAAUUUGCCUCCCGCUCACACCCCAUUGGCAGAGUGGCGUGUGGGAAGAGAUUGGGACUACUUGAGGAGCAAAUUGGUAGCGCUAGCGUCAGCUCCCAUUGAAUUCAUACGCGAAGCGAAGCCCACAAAUCUCAGAUAUACUAAACCUCUGCCGUCUACCUACCUACCGUACCUAACCUACCGAAUGAAAUUCCAAAACCUGAUCCACACUACCACAUAACACCUGGAUUAAAAUACUUCUGUAUGCGUGGAACAGAUUAAUAAAAAUACAUAUUUUUUGAAUUUCGAAUAAGGUGUGCGAUGUUUUACUUUUAUGAGAUUGUUACAAUAAAAUUUUAGUGUUUUUCUUUUUAAAUUCAAAUAAAUAAAGAAACCUUCCAAAACUUGGAUAAAGAUUCAAAAUAGAAAAAUGCAUUUUCGAGUGCAACACGUGUGUUGAAAGUCUGUGCAGACCAAAAUUUGUGUUCUUGUUUAUAAAAAUUCGUUUGUUUUUAAAAAAACAAUUGUUUCUGUUUUUCAAUUAAAAUCUAUGAAGGAAUUUUUGAAAUUUAAAAAAAGUGCUGGUCCUAAGAUUGUACCCUGAGUUUAAUUGAAUUGAAGCUGAGCUGAAGAAGAAGAAAACUUUUCUAAAAUAAAAAUUAUGUUCAAAUGUGUUUUUUAUGUGUGUGUUAGAAGAGUAUAAGGGAGUGUGUGUGUUGCCACUGCCAUUGCCACCGAUCACAGUGUGAUGCCAUGUUGGGCUUUUGAUCCCAAAAUGCUACUUUAGUAGACCACAACGCGACGGUGCUGAGUUUUUCAUUAUUUCUGGAAUAUCUACCUUUUUUUGUAUGAAUUGUUACGGAAUAUCCCUGGACCGAUUUUGGAUUUUAAACUUCAGGAACACAUUAGAAUUCUAUUGAGCUUGAGUAAGCAGAUCUUCUUAAAGAAGAGAUAGAGGCUUCUGGUUCUAGUUAUAGUGGAAGAAAGAGAGACAUUCCCCGAUCGUCCCACGCGUGAAAUGUGAAGCGAUCAUGCCAACCGAGAAAUCAAUAAUUGAACAUGGCAGUGUGCCGUUGGUGCGUUCCUCACGAAUGGAACAGUUCCUGCAAUCACCAACUGGCUCAAAUUCCAGUUCGGAUGUACAACGGACAUCGUCUGGGGGUCGUGGUGGAUCAUCAGCGUCGCUAGCGCCUGGUUCCUCCUAUGAAUCACAACUCGCCUACCAACACCAUUUGGCGGCAGCGGCGGGGAUGAUGAAUUCAUCGGGCCCCCAAUCGAGCCACCACAGGGAAAUAUCGGCGUUUGUGCCAGUCCUUCCGUCAAGAAACCUCCGCGGUCCCGGUGCUCUCUAUUCAGGAAUCAUGGAUGGACCAGACAAGGAUGUGAUUGGCCAGGCGAAGCGUGGCUCCAGCUACGAAAUAAUUGCUAUGAUGGCUGACAAACGAAAGGAAUUGGCGUUAAGAGAGGCUGCAGCUGCGGCGAUGCUUCUACCCCGUCCUGGUCAGGGCCCCGGUGGGCCCCCCACAGUGAUGUACUCACCGGCGUAUCUCGGCGGACCUGGGCCAUCGCCGACAUCGGCAGGCUCAUUCCCCUUUCCACCGUCGGCCGGUGCCAGUGGGCUCUUCCCGCCAGGAGUCCCACCCAGCAUGCAUGCCGGUCUGGAUCGUAGACUUCUGCGGGCACCUGGACGUGCGUCGCGACCCAAGAAGCAGUUCAUAUGCAAGUUCUGUAAUCGUCAAUUCACAAAGUCAUACAAUCUGCUCAUCCACGAGCGCACGCACACCGACGAGCGACCGUACUCCUGUGAUAUUUGCGGAAAAGCAUUCCGUCGCCAGGAUCAUUUGAGGGAUCAUAGAUACAUUCACUCAAAGGAAAAACCAUUUAAAUGCACAGAAUGCGGCAAAGGGUUCUGUCAAUCACGAACACUGGCUGUUCACAAGAUUUUGCAUAUGGAAGAGUCACCACACAAGUGUCCAGUGUGCAGCAGAAGUUUCAAUCAACGUUCAAAUCUCAAGACGCAUCUUCUGACCCACACCGAUCACAAGCCCUACGAGUGCUCGUCAUGUGGCAAGGUGUUUCGGCGGAACUGCGAUCUGCGGAGACAUGCCUUGACGCACGCGGUGGGAGAUGUCCCGACAGAAGUUUUGGAUGUUGGAGAGGAAGAUGGCCAGAAUGGAAGCGAUGACGAAGAAGAUUCACUACUGGAAGUGGACUCUCCCAGACAGUCUCCUGUUCAGAGGCAUAGAUCUCCUUCUCCGGAAAAUAAUGUCCCAGAAGUGGAGGAGACCAAUUUCAAAGCUGCUGAGGAGAAGAGUUCUGGCUUAAAACAGCCUAAUGAAAAUGGCAACCAUAUUGAUGGGGAGAUCGAUGAUCAAGAAGAUGAUGAGCCAGAGGAGAACGAAGAAGAAAUCGAUGAAGAGGAAGAACGCUUCCUGCAGCAACUCAAUGCAGAGAAACGGCGAGAGCGUGAAGAAGCAGUAACACACUGUCACCAUGAGGGUGGGGAAACAUACACUAUGCGUCCGAACUUCUCAGACAAAGAUCGAGAAUAUAACGAUUUUCUGUGCAGCACCCAGUUUCCACAUCUCUAUGGUCCUUCGAUGAAUCCUCAUACACACCUUCCCGCGAGACCUCCCUUGAUAUCUGGUCUGGCCCAGUCCAUCCAUUCGCCUUCAUCGCAUAAGCCACCGGAACCGUAUAUACCAAUGUUGCAUGUCCGUAGGGAUUUGCACCAUCACAAGAACUCUUCGACCCCUCCAGUGAGCACUGAUACCUUAAGCAGUCACUCGGCUCUGGACUCCAUGCCGAGUUUCCUUGGCUCCAUUCCGAUUCGUAAGAGACCGAUCGGGCCGGAUGGAGAGCCACAUCUAAGGCCCCCACAAUUCACUAGCCACAGUCAUAUGGCCAUCAAUAUGACUCGCCAGCAAAACUCGCUCUUGAAGCCGAAAGAAGACAUAUUAUUGCACGAUAUGGUCCCACCACCUCUAACAACGAAACCCCAUCAGCCACCGAUUCUUCAUCCAGCUACGGUGACUUCACAGAUCCUAAUUGAACCGGGCCCUCCUUCUGAGUUGUCAGUGCACGUCAGUCCUGCGCCAAGUGGUCAGCACCAUUCCGGAUCUCCAUCACUACCACCUCUUCCACCACCGCCACCCGGACCAGGACCACCUCCGCAACAAGCCCCAAGGGCUCCCAUUCAGCCACCACCGCCUCCACCCAGACGAACAGGCUUUAGCAUAGAAGACAUCAUGCGAAAUCAAUCCCGUCAAACACGCAUCAAAAAAUUAAUUAUGUCAUCUGCAUCUGCCUCACCAAUUAGCAACAUCACAGUCGACGAAAUCCACAUUCGAGAUCAAGAUUUCUCCCCGGAGUAUAUCACAAUCAAAGAAGAACGCUCCUCGAGUAUUUCACCGAUUUUAACGCCACCCCAUACGCCGACGGAAGAUCGCAUUCGAAAGAUCCAACACAGUCCGCUAUACGAGAUGGAACAAAUGCGACACCACCAUCAUCAUCAUCAUCAGCAGCAGCUCCAACACCAGCAACAUUCACAACCGCAGAUGCAGUCGGCACAGCACCCCAUGCACUAUCAUAGCGUUCCAGUGCCGCUGCAUCAGCAGAACAUCGAGGCCCAUCAGCAGGAGCAGCAGCACCGUUUGUGGUUGCAAGCUCAAAUGCAGCAAGCCCAACACCAACACCAACAACACCAGCAUCAGCAGCAACCACACCAACACCAGAAUUACCCUUCCAUGGUGUACAACCAUCAGGCUUCGAGUGGGGUCAGCAUGGAAGCUGCCCAACACCAGGCUUUGCUCAUGAACCAAUGGAUUCGCAGCGCUGCUCUGUACCAGCACCAGCACCUACACAUCAGACCCUACCCGGACAUGCAGCGAAUGCACCCAGCCGCCCGAGUGAUGGGAGGCAUGCCCCCAAUGAAAAUCGCCGGGCCCAACGGAACCAGACCAAAGAAGCAGUUCAUUUGCAAAUACUGCAACCGUCACUUCACCAAGUCCUACAACCUGCUCAUCCAUGAGCGCACUCACACCGACGAGAGGCCCUACUCGUGCGACAUCUGUGGCAAGGCAUUCCGCCGCCAAGACCAUCUUCGCGAUCACCGGUACAUCCAUUCCAAAGAGAAACCCUUCAAGUGCACCGACUGCGGCAAGGGAUUCUGCCAAUCUCGCACCCUCGCCGUCCACAAAGUCACCCACCUCGAAGAGGCACCCCACAAGUGCCCCAUUUGCAACCGCACCUUCAACCAAAGAGCCAACCUUAAGACUCACAUGCAAAGCCACAGCAUGCCCGAGCAAGAAACCCAAAUCCAAGUGGACACCAAAGUUCCCUCGCCGGUGCUUGACCUCUCCCAGAAGACCACCAUUAGCCCGCCAAAGAGGGCGCUGGGCUUCACAAUCGAUGAAAUCAUGAAGAGAUAAACCCCCGACGCGGUGGUCUUCCCAUUAAACACGGAAGACAGUGACGGCUUCAAAUUCGAAACCAAAGCUUCCAGUGACCUCAUUGUUCCUGUUGUUUGGUUCAUCAAUAUGCCAAUGCCAACGAGUUCGCCGUUAGCCUCUGCAUCAACUGCAACCUCAGACUCAGCCAGGCGCUAUGGAACGUUAAGAGACGCCCCCGAGCUCUUCCACCUGAAUUGUAGCGACAACAACAAAAAUAAUUCGACACCCAACUAUGCCAAAGUUUUUAUAACGAGUAUUAUAUGCGAUUAUAGCUGUUUUAGAUUUAUAGCAACUUGUUUAUUAUAAAUUAUAAUUAUUAUAUUAAUUAGUACCUUAACUAACGGCGGGCGGAUCACUCCCCCCCUCCACACACACACAGCUCGCCAAGACUGAUUUAGCUAGAACUAGAAAACCUUUAGAUUUUUAAGUAGUAACAAAUUAUUAAGCCCAAUAUUUAGCUCGUAAGUAAAUAUACUAAAGAGAAAAAGAAAGAAAAUUGUAGUAAAUUAUUAUUAUUAUUAUAUUAUCAUUAUAAUAAUUAUGGCUCCCAUCCCGUUUAAUUGAAGUACCUCUUGUCUCUUGUCUUGUGUAUUAAUGUUUACCUUUACCGUUUGAAACGGCAACGAAACAUUUGCAGGUACAAAAACAUCAGAUGAAUGUCAGAAAAUAUAAUAAAAAAAGCAAAUCAAAUGCAAAAAUAACGGAAAAUACCUAU